UGUUCUGCACUUGUUCCUUUGUUGCUGUGAAACAGGCUCCCGGCACAGUCAGCCUCUGUGUGGGAGGACUGGUGGCUGUCGUUGCAAGCAGGCAGUUGCUUAGAGCAGGCUGCGUGUGAGCUCAGCAUCCAGCGAUUCCGGCCUCCUCGAGUCGGUGGUGGUGGGAUGAGGCUCUGCCCAGGGGACUGGCUGUGAAGGAUGAGUUCAGGGUGGGAUGACGGACCGCUUCUGGGACCAGUGGUAUCUCUGGUAUCUCCGCUUGCUCCGGCUGCUGGAUCGAGGGUCUUUUCGGAAUGAUGGUUUGAAAGCUUCUGAUGUCCUUCCCAUCCUAAAGGAAAAAGUGGCCUUCGUGUCUGGGGGCCGUGAUAAGCGAGGUGGACCUAUCCUGACCUUCCCUGCUCGCAGCAAUCAUGACAGAAUAAGACAGGAAGACCUGCGGAAACUUGUGACGUAUUUGGCCAGUGUGCCAAGUGAGGACGUGUGCAAACGUGGCUUCACCGUCAUCAUCGACAUGCGGGGCUCCAAGUGGGACCUCAUCAAGCCCCUCCUCAAAACACUACAGGAAGCCUUUCCAGCUGAGAUCCAUGUGGCCCUCAUCAUCAAACCCGACAACUUCUGGCAGAAACAGAAGACCAACUUUGGCAGCUCCAAAUUCAUCUUUGAGACGAGCAUGGUGUCUGUGGAGGGCCUCACAAAGCUGGUGGACCCCUCCCAGCUCACGGAGGAAUUUGAUGGCUCCUUGGACUACAACCACGAGGAGUGGAUUGAGCUGCGGCUCUCCCUGGAGGAGUUCUUCAACAGCGCGGUCCACCUGCUCUCGCGCCUUGAAGACCUGCAGGAGAUGCUUGCCCGGAAGGAGUUCCCAGUGGACGUGGAGGGCUCUCGGCGGCUCAUUGACGAGCACACGCAGCUCAAGAAAAAGGUGCUGAAGGCCCCUGUGGAGGAGCUGGACCGGGAGGGGCAGCGACUGCUGCAGUGCAUCCGCUGCAGUGACGGCUUCUCAGGGCGCAACUGUAUCCCCGGCAGUGCCGACUUCCAGAGCCUCGUGCCCAAGAUCACCAGCCUCCUGGAUAAGCUGCACUCCACCCGGCAGCACCUGCACCAGAUGUGGCACGUGCGCAAGCUCAAGCUGGACCAGUGCUUCCAGCUACGACUCUUCGAGCAGGAUGCAGAGAAGAUGUUCGACUGGAUAAGCCACAACAAGGAGUUGUUUCUCCAGAGCCACACGGAGAUCGGAGUCAGCUACCAGCACGCCCUAGACCUCCAGACGCAGCACAAUCACUUCGCCAUGAACUCCAUGAAUGCCUAUGUCAAUAUCAACCGCAUCAUGUCUGUGGCUUCCCGCCUCUCUGAGGCUGGCCAUUAUGCCUCCCAGCAAAUCAAGCAGAUCUCUACGCAGCUAGACCAGGAAUGGAAGAGCUUCGCCGCUGCCUUGGAUGAACGCAGCACCAUCCUGGCUAUGUCUGCUGUGUUCCAUCAGAAGGCUGAACAGUUCUUGUCAGGAGUAGAUGCUUGGUGCAAGAUGUGCAGUGAAGGCGGGCUGCCGUCCGAGAUGCAGGACCUGGAGCUGGCGAUCCACCACCACCAGUCCUUGUAUGAGCAGGUGACCCAGGCCUACACGGAGGUCAGCCAGGAUGGCAAAGCACUGCUGGAUGUGUUGCAGCGUCCCCUGAGUCCUGGUAACUCUGAGUCCCUCACAGCCACAGCCAACUACUCCAAGGCGGUGCACCAGGUGCUGGAUGUGGUGCACGAGGUGCUUCACCACCAGCGGCGGCUUGAGAGCAUCUGGCAGCACCGCAAGGUGCGGCUUCACCAGCGGCUGCAGCUCUGCGUCUUCCAGCAGGACGUGCAGCAGGUGUUGGACUGGAUUGAAAACCAUGGUGAGGCCUUUCUUAGCAAACACACUGGGGUUGGGAAGUCCCUGCAUCGAGCUCGAGCCCUGCAGAAGAGACACGAUGACUUUGAAGAAGUGGCUCAGAACACAUACACCAAUGCGGACAAGCUCCUAGAAGCUGCGGAGCAGUUGGCUCAGACAGGGGAAUGUGACCCAGAGGAGAUCUAUAAGGCAGCUCGACACCUGGAGGUGCGCAUCCAAGACUUCGUGCGCAGGGUGGAGCAGCGGAAGCUUCUCCUGGACAUGUCCGUCUCCUUUCACACACACACCAAAGAGUUGUGGACAUGGAUGGAAGACCUGCAAAAGGAGAUGCUGGAAGAUGUCUGUGCAGACUCUGUGGAUGCGGUCCAGGAACUGAUCAAGCAGUUCCAGCAGCAGCAGACCGCCACCCUGGAUGCCACUCUAAAUGUCAUCAAGGAAGGCGAAGACCUUAUCCAGCAGCUCAGGUCAGCGCCUCCCUCCCUGGGGGAGCCCACCGAGGCCAGGGACUCGGCUAUGUCCAACAAUAAGACGCCCCACAGUAGCUCCAUCAGCCACAUUGAGUCUGUCCUGCAGCAGCUAGAUGAUGCCCAGGUGCAGAUGGAGGAACUAUUCCAUGAGCGGAAAAUCAAACUGGACAUCUUCCUGCAGCUGCGCAUCUUUGAGCAAUAUACCAUUGAGGUUACAGCAGAGCUGGAUGCCUGGAAUGAGGACUUGCUUCGGCAGAUGAAUGACUUCAACACGGAGGAUCUGACCCUAGCAGAGCAGCGGCUACAGCGCCACACAGAAAGAAAGCUAGCCAUGAACAAUAUGACCUUUGAAGUCAUUCAGCAGGGCCAAGAUCUACACCAAUACAUCAUGGAAGUCCAGGCUUCAGGAAUUGAGUUAAUCUGUGAAAAAGACAUUGAUCUGGCAGCCCAGGUGCAAGAGCUGCUAGAGUUUCUCCAUGAGAAGCAGCAUGAAUUGGAGCUCAACGCGGAACAGACCCACAAGCGGCUAGAGCAGUGUCUCCAACUGCGGCACCUCCAGGCCGAGGUCAAACAGGUCCUGGGAUGGAUCCGCAAUGGAGAGUCCAUGCUCAACGCCAGCCUGGUCAAUGCCAGCUCUUUGUCUGAAGCAGAACAGCUACAGCGGGAGCAUGAGCAGUUCCAACUGGCCAUCGAGAAGACGCACCAGAGUGCCCUGCAGGUACAGCAGAAAGCUGAGGCACUGCUCCAGGCUGGCCACUAUGAUGCGGACGCCAUCCGGGAAUGUGCAGAAAAGGUGGCCCUCCACUGGCAGCAGCUCAUGCUGAAGAUGGAAGAUCGGUUAAAACUGGUGAACGCAUCUGUGGCCUUUUACAAAACUUCUGAACAGGUAUGCAGUGUUCUGGAGAGCUUAGAGCAAGAGUACCGAAGAGAUGAGGACUGGUGUGGUGGAAGAGAUAAACUGGGGCCAGCAGCAGAGAUUGACCAUGUUAUCCCCCUCAUCAGCAAACAUUUGGAACAAAAGGAGGCUUUCCUUAAGGCCUGCACCUUGGCACGGCGGAACGCUGAAGUAUUUCUCAAGUACAUCCACAGGAACAACGUCAGCAUGCCCAGUGUUGCUAGCCAUACUCGAGGACCUGAGCAGCAAGUGAAAGCCAUCUUGAGUGAGCUCUUACAGAGGGAGAAUCGUGUUCUACACUUCUGGACCUUGAAGAAACGUCGGUUAGACCAGUGCCAGCAAUAUGUGGUAUUUGAGCGCAGUGCUAAGCAGGCACUGGACUGGAUCCAAGAAACGGGUGAAUAUUACCUCUCAACACAUACCUCCACUGGAGAUACCACAGAGGAAACUCAGGAGCUGCUGAAAGAAUAUGGAGAAUUCAGGGUGCCUGCCAAGCAAACCAAGGAGAAGGUGAAGCUUCUGAUUCAGUUGGCCGAUAGCUUCGUGGAAAAGGGCCACAUUCAUGCCACGGAGAUAAGGAAAUGGGUGACUACCGUAGACAAGCACUACAGAGAUUUCUCCUUGAGGAUGGGGAAGUACCGGUACUCCCUGGAGAAAGCCCUAGGAGUCAACACAGAGGAUAACAAGGACCUGGAGCUGGACAUUAUCCCAGCAAGCCUGUCAGAUCGUGAGGUCAAGCUACGGGAUGCCAACCAUGAAGUCAAUGAAGAGAAGCGGAAGUCAGCCCGGAAGAAAGAUGUACUUGCCAAUGAUAAAACUGUUGCUGUCUUCCAGACCUACCUGUGGGAAAUGACCAGCGGCGUGGAGGAAAUCCCCCCUGGGAUCCUCAAUAAAGAGCACAUCAUCUUUGGCAACAUCCAGGAGAUCUACGAUUUUCAUAACAACAUCUUCCUCAAAGAGCUGGAGAAAUAUGAGCAGCUGCCUGAGGACGUGGGACACUGCUUUGUCACCUGGGCAGACAAAUUUCAGAUGUAUGUUACCUACUGUAAAAACAAGCCUGAUUCCAACCAGCUUAUCUUGGAGCAUGCCGGCACCUUCUUUGAUGAGAUUCAGCAGCGUCACGGUCUGGCCAACUCCAUCUCUUCCUACCUAAUUAAGCCAGUCCAGAGGAUCACCAAGUACCAACUGCUCCUGAAGGAACUUUUAACCUGCUGUGAAGAAGGGAAAGGGGAGCUCAAGGAUGGCCUGGAGGUGAUGCUCAGUGUCCCCAAGAAAGCUAAUGAUGCCAUGCAUGUCAGCAUGCUGGAAGGGUUCGACGAGAACUUGGAUGUGCAGGGGGAGUUGAUUCUCCAGGAUGCCUUUCAAGUGUGGGACCCGAAGUCUCUGAUCCGGAAGGGGCGGGAGCGGCACUUGUUCCUCUUUGAGAUCUCCUUGGUUUUUAGCAAGGAGAUCAAAGACUCUUCAGGACAUACGAAAUAUGUUUACAAGAACAAGCUACUGACCUCAGAGCUGGGUGUGACCGAGCAUGUAGAGGGCGACCCCUGCAAAUUCGCCUUGUGGUCUGGGCGCACCCCAUCCUCAGACAAUAAAACAGUGCUCAAAGCUUCCAACAUUGAAACCAAGCAGGAGUGGAUCAAGAACAUUCGAGAAGUGAUACAAGAAAGGAUCAUUCACCUGAAAGGAGCUUUAAAGGAGCCAAUUCAGCUCCCCAAAACACCAGCCAAACAGAGGAACAAUAGUAAGAGGGAUGGAGUGGAGGAUAUUGACAGCCAGGGGGAUGGGAGCAGCCAGCCAGACACCAUCUCCAUUGCCUCUAGGACCUCUCAGAACACAGUGGACAGUGACAAGCUCUCUGGCGGGUGUGAGCUGACCGUGGUCCUCCAGGACUUCAGCGCAGGCCACAGCAGCGAGCUGACCAUCCAGGUGGGACAGACGGUGGAGCUGUUGGAGCGGCCCAGCGAGCGGCCCGGCUGGUGUCUGGUCCGCACCACAGAACGGAGUCCCCCUCAGGAGGGCCUGGUCCCCAGCAGCGCCCUAUGCAUCUCCCAUUCCCGAAGCAGCGUGGAGAUGGACUGCUUCUUCCCAUUGGUGAAAGAUGCAUACUCUCAUUCCUCCAGCGAAAAUGGAGGCAAAUCUGAAUCUGUGGCCAACUUGCAGGCUCAGCCUUCCCUGAACUCCAUCCACAGUUCCCCUGGUCCCAAGCGCUCCACCAACACCCUGAAGAAGUGGCUCACCAGUCCUGUGCGUCGACUCAACAGCGGGAAAGCAGAUGGAAACAUUAAAAAACAGAAGAAAGUACGCGAUGGUCGGAAAAGCUUCGACCUGGGCUCUCCCAAGCCUGGGGAUGAGACCACCCCUCAGGGAGACAGCGCUGAUGAGAAGAGCAAGAAAGGUUGGGGUGAAGAUGAGCCAGACGAAGAGUCACACACACCCCUCCCUCCGCCCAUGAAGAUCUUUGACAACGACCCCACACAGGACGAGAUGUCCUCCUCUUUGCUAGCAGCCCGGCAGGCUUCCUCAGAAGUACCUACUGCUGCAGACCUUGUCAGUGCAAUAGAAAAGUUGGUCAAAAGCAAGCUGACUCUUGAAGGAGGCUCCUACCGGGGGAGCUUGAAAGACCCUACAGGCUGCCUAAAUGAGGGGAUGACCCCACCCACUCCUCCCAGAAACCUGGAAGAAGAACAGAAAGCCAAGGCCCUUCGAGGCAGGAUGUUUGUCCUGAAUGAGCUGGUACAGACAGAGAAAGACUAUGUCAAGGACCUGGGGAUUGUGGUGGAGGGCUUCAUGAAGAGGAUAGAAGAGAAGGGCGUUCCUGAGGAUAUGCGAGGGAAGGAUAAAAUCGUGUUUGGGAACAUUCACCAGAUUUAUGACUGGCAUAAGGAUUUUUUCCUGGCUGAACUGGAAAAAUGUAUCCAAGAGCAAGACAGACUGGCCCAGCUCUUUAUUAAACAUGAGCGGAAGCUGCACAUCUACGUGUGGUACUGCCAGAAUAAGCCACGCUCAGAGUACAUCGUAGCUGAGUACGACGCCUACUUUGAGGAGGUAAAGCAGGAGCUAAAUCAACGGCUGACGCUUAGCGACUUCCUUAUCAAGCCCAUUCAGAGAAUAACAAAAUACCAGCUGCUCCUCAAGGACUUCCUGAGAUACAGUGAGAAGGCUGGCUUGGAGUGUUCAGAUAUCGAGAAAGCUGUGGAGUUAAUGUGCCUUGUUCCCAAACGCUGCAAUGACAUGAUGAAUCUGGGACGCCUGCAGGGCUUUGAGGGCACCCUGACCGCCCAGGGCAAGCUGCUGCAGCAGGACACAUUCUAUGUGAUUGAGCUGGACGCCGGCAUGCAGUCCCGGACCAAAGAAAGGCGUGUAUUCCUCUUCGAGCAGAUUGUCAUCUUCAGCGAAUUGCUCAGGAAGGGCUCCCUUACACCAGGCUACAUGUUCAAAAAGAGCAUCAAGAUGAAUUAUUUGGUCCUGGAGGAAAACGUGGACAAUGACCCCUGCAAAUUCGCCCUCAUGAACAGGGAGACUUCAGAAAGGGUCAUUCUGCAAGCUGCCAACUCGGACAUCCAGCAGGCCUGGGUGCAGGACAUCAAUCAAGUCUUAGAAACACAGCGAGACUUCUUAAAUGCACUACAGUCACCCAUUGAGUAUCAGCGGAAAGAAAGGAGCACAGCUGUGAUUCGGUCCCAGCCUGCUAGAGUUCCCCAAGCCAGCCCCAGGCCCUACUCCUCUGUCCCCAUGGGCUCAGAGAAGCCCCCAAAGGGCUCCACCUACAACCCACCUCUGCCACCCCUGAAGAUAUCUACCUCCAAUGGCAGUCCAGGGUUUGACUACCACCAGUCUGGGGACAAGUUCGAGGCCAGCAAGCAGAAUGACUUGGGUGGCUGCAACGGGACCUCAUCUAUGGCUGUGAUCAAAGAUUAUUAUGCACUGAAGGAGAAUGAAAUCUGUGUGAGCCAAGGUGAGGUGGUCCAGGUCCUUGCCGUCAACCAGCAGAACAUGUGCCUGGUGUACCAGCCUGCCAGCGACCAUUCCCCCGCAGCUGAGGGCUGGGUCCCCGGCAGCAUCCUGGCGCCCCUCACCAAAGCCACAGCAGCAGCAGAAAAUAGCGACGGGAGCAUCAAGAAGUCAUGUUCAUGGCAUACUCUACGCAUGAGAAAGCGGGCAGAAGUGGAGAACACGGGUAAAAAUGAAGCCACAGGGCCUCGUAAACCCAAGGAUAUUCUGGGCAACAAAGUCUCUGUUAAAGAGACGAACAGUUCCGAGGAGUCAGAGUGUGAUGAUCUUGACCCUAAUACUAGCAUGGAGAUCUUAAAUCCAAAUUUCAUCCAAGAAGUGGCCCCAGAGUUCCUUGUGCCCUUAGUGGAUGUGACCUGCUUGCUUGGGGACACAGUGAUGCUCCAGUGCAAAGUCUGUGGGCGGCCGAAACCCACCAUCACCUGGAAGGGUCCAGACCAGAACAUCCUCGACACUGACAACAGCUCAGCCACAUAUACCGUCUCCUCCUGUGAUUCUGGGGAAAUCACCCUGAAGAUCUGCAAUCUGAUGCCACAGGACAGUGGGAUUUAUACCUGCAUAGCAACAAAUGACCACGGUACUGCAUCCACAUCUGCCACAGUUAAGGUGCAAGGUGUUCCAGCAGCCCCCAACCGCCCCAUUGCCCAGGAGAGGAGCUGCACCUCUGUGAUUCUCCGCUGGCUGCCCCCGGCCAGCACAGGAAACUGCACCAUUUCAGGUUACACUGUGGAGUACCGGGAGGAAGGUUCCCAGGUCUGGCAGCAGUCAGUAGCUUCAACCUUGGACACUUAUCUUGUCAUUGAAGACCUCAGUCCUGGGUGUCCCUAUCAGUUCAGAGUCAGUGCCAGCAACCCCUGGGGAAUCAGUCUUCCCAGUGAACCCUCAGAGUUCGUCCGACUUCCAGAGUACGAUGCGGCCGCAGAUGGUGCCACCAUUUCUUGGAAGGAAAAUUUUGAUUCCGCUUAUACUGAGCUGAAUGAGAUUGGAAGAGGCCGUUUCUCUAUAGUGAAAAAAUGCAUUCACAAAGCCACCCGCAAAGAUGUCGCUGUGAAAUUCGUGAGCAAAAAAAUGAAGAAGAAGGAGCAGGCUGCCCACGAGGCUGCCCUGCUUCAGCAUCUGCAGCACCCCCAGUACGUCACUCUCCAUGACACCUAUGAGUCCCCCACAUCCUAUAUCCUGAUUUUGGAACUGAUGGAUGAUGGCCGGCUCUUAGACUAUCUUAUGAAUCAUGAUGAGCUGAUGGAGGAAAAAGUAGCUUUCUACAUUCGAGACAUCAUGGAGGCUCUGCAGUACCUUCACAACUGCCGGGUUGCACAUUUGGACAUAAAGCCUGAAAACCUACUCAUUGACCUACGGAUUCCAGUGCCUCGGGUGAAGCUCAUUGACUUGGAAGAUGCUGUCCAGAUCUCGGGCCACUUCCACAUCCACCACCUGCUGGGGAACCCUGAGUUUGCUGCCCCAGAAGUGAUCCAAGGCAUCCCAGUCUCCCUGGGCACAGACAUCUGGAGCAUUGGGGUUCUGACAUACGUCAUGCUGAGUGGGGUCUCCCCCUUCUUAGAUGAGAGCAAAGAGGAGACAUGUAUCAACGUAUGCAGGGUAGACUUCAGCUUCCCCCACGAAUACUUCUGUGGCGUGAGCAAUGCUGCCAGAGAUUUCAUCAAUGUGAUCCUACAGGAGGACUUUCGGAGGCGACCCACAGCAGCCACUUGCCUGCAGCAUCCCUGGCUGCAGCCCCACAAUGGCAGCUACUCCAAGAUCCCCCUGGACACCUCUCGCCUGGCAUGCUUCAUAGAACGCCGCAAGCACCAGAAUGAUGUGCGUCCUAUUCCCAAUGUCAAGAGCUACAUCGUCAACCGGGUGAACCAAGGGACAUAGCCAUCUCCCAGCCCCAGAGGUUUCACAUAGAAGUGUGGUGUGAACCAAAGCAAGACUGAACAUGUCUGUACAUAAUUCUGUUUGUGAUUUCACCCAUGCAGUUCUCUGAAUUGAGAGAUGUCCUCUUAAAUCUCAUCAGUGGUUAUUCAGGGUUUGAGCAGCAGUAAAAUCACCCUAAAUCCAGGGACUUUCCAGAAGGUCAUCCUGAAAAAAAAAAAUAAAGAUGCAAAGAGUUGCAGAAAGUAUUAAAAGAAAGGGCAAGAAGAACAAGAAUAUUAGCAGCUAUAAAAUUUUAAUUGUACAUUCCAAAAAUGAGUGGCUAAGUGGGCAAACCUUAAGCUCAGAAGGGUGAGUGUUAUAGGUUUCUGACUUUGCUGAAAAUUUACAAAAAAAAAAUCUAUUUAACAGAAAUGUCAUAUAUGUCAACUAUUCUGGUUUAAAUGACUUAGAUAUAGUUUCUUAAUAGGAUACAUAUACACAUACAGUAUAAUAGAUCCCAUUCAGGUUUCAGAGUUUUAUAAUAUAGAGUUAUAUAUGAAAUCAAUCAUAAGUAACUUUAAGUGCUCCAGUUAAGACAAUAAUUUAUUUACCGAAGCAUUACAUUGUUUUGACUAAGCACAAUUAGAUGACAAGUUUUUUAGAGCAUUUUAUAAAUCUUGUAUAGAAAUCUUUUACCAGAACCUGUGCAUAAAGUGAAAGCAAUGUUACCCUUUUGCAAUCUGUGAAUGAGAAGAUUUUUUUCCUCUCAAUCAUGAGUUAUUUGAUUAAGAUAGGUUCUAUAUAUGAAAUGCUACCCCUGAAUGUACUGGAGGCUCAGAGUUCACCUGGUAAGAAAGCCUGCCAGGAAACAAGCCCAAAUCCAGUAAGAGUUGUGGGGUUAUUUUUAUGUCUACACCUGGCUUGAAAUAGGUAAACCGAUACCACAGGUUCAUACAAAAGGGCAAACAGAAACCUUUCUACAGUCCAAUGAACAAGGUACCAAUACUUUCUGAUUUCUUCUACAACUGUAGAAAACAGUCUUCAGAAAGUUGGCUUGUUUUAUUUCUAACCCCUUUGGAAGCUAAGGGGUGCUUACCAAAAGGAGGCAGCCAUACAAGCCUUUUAAAGGCCUGGUCCUAAGUCCUUUAUGAAGCCAUGAAGCAAAACCUGAUACAUCACCUGAAUAGAGCGUUGAGUUUUAAAUGAGAUUGCAAUACCUAUCACCACCUAGCCACCAAUAUUUCUCUGGACUAAAAGGACUAAUUGUAUUUUGAGGCCAAUGCUGCUUUCUGGUGUAUAUUCUCCAUACAAGAUUAUUAACUGCCCUUUUCCCUUCUGAUGGGAAAACAAACUUGGGCAUUUCAUAGUUUUUGCUUUUUUUGGGGUGAGGGAGGGGAUUGGUUUUUGUGUUUGUACAUGAUCCACUUCUUGUUUUCUGGAAUGUGUUUUGAAAAUUGCUUUUAUUCAGAUAAAAUUCUAAAAAAAAUGUAAUUCAAGUGUUUGUUCAAAUCAGGUUAAAUGGCAUUUCUUCUCUCCUACUAAUGGGAUUGAGAAUAUUAAAAUCAUGCCGCAACAAAGUGUAAGCAAAGUAUCCACAGAGGGUCAAUACAACUACAAAGCUAAUUAGAUGAAAAGGAAAUGAUGGAAACUAAGCCUGAACAUUAUCUAUAAAGACACUUAUUCCCACAGUGGAAAUGUAGAAUGAAAAAUACUCAUCAUUCUUUCCCAUUGGUUUCAAGGUCAGCUUACUCAUCCACUCUCCACCUCAUACCAUCCAAGAUUAUAGACUUAAAAAUUAGUAGAAAGUACAAGCAAUAAGGCUAGAUAGCACUUAAUAUUUGGGGGAUUAACCAAAUAUAUGGAAACUAACUCCGACUGUCUUGUUUCCUAGUUUUCAAAUGGCCCUGGGUCACCCAGCCUCACCCCUCCCAGGGCUCCAACCCUGCCCAGUCUCCAGUGAAGCUGUUCUGUGUGUACACACAUGAUCCUAUAUGAUACAAUAUUUUAAAGUUUAAAGUAUGUUUACUAAAAGCCACUCUAAUAAAUAUCUCUUCAUUAUGGGAUGUAGCACAACAGAGGGAAGCCUGGUCCAUAGGGAUUAUCAUGGAAUAGAUUGCAGGAUCUGAGCAUUCCAAAUAUCCAUAAAAUGUGGCUUGGCCAGUUCUUUCCACUGUGAAUAACCUGAAUAAACAGCUUCCUUCCGAGAGUCAUUUAGAGUUGUUAGGACAAGCUAAGUUUCUGCUGGAGAGGGGAGGGUCUAGGGGGUGCUCACACUGCUACAGGAGGGCAGUAUUGAAAUCCUGUGGCAGAGCUGGAUAGUCAACAGAAUGUUAGAGCCAAAGCGUUCAUAUUCACUUUUAUAUCUGAGAUAAGAUAAUCCAGAUGCGGGCUGCAUGGAAUCCACCCCCAAGAACAUGUAUUGGGAAAGACAAGAAAGGAGGGACAUAGAAAUGAUAAGUAAUGUGACUUUGUUAACUGGAGCCAAAGUACAAUCAUUAGAAUAGAAUGAACUUAACAGAGGCCCUAAGAGAAAGGGAGUAUAUUUUAUAUAGUUUGAUAACUGAAGAAAACUGAUGGAGAGGCUCCCUAUCUGCAAAGCUCCUGGUCCCUUCCAAUAGAGAUAAAAUAAUGGUCUUGUUUCAAUAAUUCUCUAUAGCAAAAUAAGACAACCUGAAAAUAAGACAACCCAGAAGAUGAGGCUGAGAAAUAUAGUUUAGGUUGCUCUGUGGGCAACCAUAGCAGGGGAGAAGGAUCAGGACCUCUCUCUUGUACCUGUUUUGGCAGAGAGAUUUAUCACUUGGUAGCAGAGAAGAGGGGAGAAAAGAGAAAAUAGUCCACUUCUAUAAACAUGGUAGUGCUUAGUAGGAGUGAAUGUUCAGCUGAAAAAUGAGAAAAACAAAUGUUGGUUAAAGUCACAGGUGUCUUGCUUGGCUUACAUUCCUGCAUAGUGUUUAGAGCUUUUUUUGUUUUAUGUUGUAGGGGUGGGAUGCAGAAUGAAGGAAAAGAUCAGGGACAACCCAUGGUCACUUGUAAGAAGUGUAAUAAUUUCCUACGUCUUUUACAUUUGUUUCAAAUUAAAUACAUUUUUAUCCACUUACACUGAAUGUGGUAAAAUUUUUAAGAAAAAAAAAAUUGUAAUGUUAGAGUUGUCCUUCAGGUCUCUCCCAGCCAUAAACAAUCUAAGGGGGAGUGAAGGAGGCAGAGGAGAAAGCUGGCUUCGCUGCUUUGUGGUCCACAAAGCUUUUAUAAAUAGUAGUGCCUUUCAGAGGGGAGGACGGGAGAUGAAGAAGUUCAUUGCAUUUAGAUUUACUAAUAUUGCAGUAUUUUUUCUUUAUUUUAAAGUAUGAAAACAUCUGAAUAUAGGAUGGGACCAGGAAUUCUUGAGUUUCAACCUCAGCUAUUCCAGAUUCAUCCUUUCUUACAGAAAGUCUUUUUUUUUUUCCUGCCCCAAAUAUACCCAUUGGUAAAAUGGGAGUUAGGGGGGAAGGAGGGAGAACAUUAAUCUCUUACAAAUAUUGAGAAAAUAACUAUAGUUGGGACGUCUAUAAAAUACUUUGAUUUUUUUUAAGUGCUACACACUGCCAGUGCUAAGAGUUUUAUUGAUAGUAACUUUGAACAUUCCAGGUUUUCAAUAUUCAUGUCUUUAGAUACCAUUUAUGAACUCGUGAGGUUAAAUCUUAUAAAUUGCUUUUAAUUGGAAGUACUAGGUGCUCUUUGUCUAAAUGUGAUUUGGUCUUACCUUAUAGUUUUGAUCAUUUAAGAGCUUAUCGACAGAAAAGGGUUAGGAGAGCUGAUGAAGUCUUAUGUCCACACAGUUUUAUCCAAUAUUUCUUAUGGCAGACAUGAAGAAUAAGAUGCCCUUUAAAGCUACUGUUACCUUCUCUUCUCAAAGUUUAUGCUCUGGAAAAAUGGACAGAAAAGAACCCAAAUAGUCACUUUCCUUACUGGGAGGGCAGAAGUGGAAUAGAAUAUCUCCCUAUAACAAUUCAUUUCUUCAAAGUCUCAAAAGAAUACAUCAGAAGUAGCGAAUUAAAUGUGUAGGUAUAGAAAUGAAUUGGACUAUGGGUUCUUGGAGGAAAUGCUUUGUAUCUAUUUUUUAGAUAGUCAGGUUUUUUUUUUCAGGAGUAGCAUAUUUGUUGUUCCAAAGCCUCCAUAAUUUAGUUCCUGUGAGUUAGUCAUUAAUUUUUCUUGUCUAUGUAGAAGAGCAUGGAAAUUCAGUUUUAUGAGAAUACAAGGGAGCAAAUAUGAUGUAAAUGAAAUGGUGGUUAUUUCUGUGCAUUAACUAAAAAUUUGUCCCAUGCAUUUGAUAGAGGAGGAAAUAUUUUGAACUGAAAGGGUCUCUUAGUAGGGCAAAAGUGCAAACUCACCACAUCCUUAUUCUGGGUAGCCCAUGAAUUGUACUGGAUGAGUUUUGGGGGAAUGUAGACCUUAUUCCUUUCUUUUCUGGGUAGCAUCCCUUUGGAGUCUGGGUUUGGCAAUCACAUCAUAUGAACUUUCAAUGAAUUUAUUUGUAAAAUUGCAUCAUGAUAUUUCUUUGCUAUUUAAAAUGUAGGGCUCUUUGUUAAAGAAUGAUUAGACCCAGGGUAGGUUGAGGGAAGACAGAUCUCACACGUGCUCCAUCAAGAAAAAGGAAGCUACUUGGUUAAUAUUUAUUUUCUAAAAACAAUAAGGCUCACAAAUGUUUCAUUAAUUCUAGAGGAGUCUUAAAAAGGGCCGAAAUUUGUCAAUAGCACUAGAUAUUUUUCAUUUGAAAUAUUACUUACAUGGAAACCCUAUACAGAUAUAGUAGAAUAUAGAAAAUCAUAAGGCCAUGUUUUUAAUGAAAGGCAUUUCUUCCUCAUUUUCAUUAUAUAUAGAAGUCAGAGGAGAGAAAUAAAACACUCUAAGACUAUGUUUCAUCUUUAAGAGACACUUAUAGAAAAUCUGAAGUUAAUUCUCACAGGGUAUUAUGUUUUCCCAUCAGCCUGUUUGAGAAAUUCUAAAAUGUUGUUGGAUUUAGUUUUUAUUAAAAUGAUGAAAACAACAAUUUAGUCAGUUAACUUGUUUCAGAUAGUAAGGUUAGCUGAGAACAGCAGGUGUGUUGGAAAAGUGCAAAUAGCAAUUCUUGAAAUGUCAACUGUUUUAAUUUAACCAAGUGAAUUUGCUAGCCAGGGGAUAACCAGCAUAGGAGUUCCAUCAGUACUUUUCAUCAAGAACUGAAACCACAUUUUGGAGUAUUAUGGAGACUGUUACCGUGACCUCAAAAACUAUGGCUAUGAAUUUGAAAUGAACCAAGUAUACAUCUUCUCUUACUAACUUAAGCCAUAUCUAUCAUCUCUGGUUUUGUUUUUGUUUUUUUUAACCCUGGUGCUUUUACUUCUGUUUCUGCCAAACUUCAGCCUAUUCUAUGGGGAAGGUGAGUAAAACUCGUAGUAGGACAAAUAUGAAGACUUUUAAUCAUACUCUUGAGAAUGAGAUCCUAUUCAGAGAACAGUGAUUAAAAUGCAAACUGUUGGAAAAUAUAGAUAUAUGUACAUCUGUACAUGUAUAUAGUGUAUUAUAUGUAUGUAUAUGUUAUUGCUCAUAUGCAGAAAUCUAUCCAUUUGCAGACAGCCCAGGUGGGUCAGUUCUUCUAUUGGAACACCAUUUAGGGCCAUUCAAAACCACGAGGGCUAAUUCGUGGAGACAAAUUCCACUCAUGUAGGAAUUCAUUUGCUGUCUUUUGAAGUCCACAAAGCCAAAGUAACAAAGUGUGAAACAGUGGGACCAUCAUUCAGUCUAUUCUGUUUCCCUGGAGUCAGAUGUAUCUUUACAGUUGAAUAUUUAUUAGUGGGUUUGCAAACUGCAUUGGCACCUUUUGGUUUUGAGUGAUCCCUUCCCCCCCCAAAUCUUUUUGAGAAUUUGCAGUGGGCUUCUCUGGCCAUUCAGAUAAAAGGCCUUAUCCAUAAGUGGACAGGUUUCCCCAUAGGGAUCAUUACGCAUAUACAUAUAAGUACAUACUUCCAUCAGGCUUGUAACAAUUGAGUUUAAAUCACUCCACAGUAUUGAUAAAUAGCUCUAUAUUUUCAAGGUGCAGAAGAAUUCCACAGCCUUAAUUAUUUCAGUGUCUUGCUGGUCUGCCUUAAGUGUAUCUUCUGGGUUUUUGGUUGUUUAAUUAUUUUUAAAAUUUUCUGCAGUUGUUCAUUUUGUAUGCACACAACGUCGUUUUGUAAAGGUAGGUUGUAAAUAUUUUAUUUGUAAGUCAAAAUCACUCAUGUGUAAUGUUGUAAAGUGAUGACCUGCUGUCUUGUUAUUAUUACUACAGUAAAUGUUAUAAGUUAUGGAUGAAACUUCAGAUGUACAUCUCACAUGUUAUGCAUUCCUAUAAAUAUACUAUACUAAAGAUA